CUUUCGUGGGCCAGACAGACUCAAGAGUCUGAUGUUGUCGAAGUUGCAGCAGACCGUCUGAGCAGCGACCUUCAUACGCGCUGUUUUCAUGUCUCAUCGAUAAUCCCAUCGUCAGCGUUGUCUGCAUAUUAAGAUCAGGAUUAAUGAAAUCACUGCCUGAGCUUGUUGACAUGGGUCGCCAAGAGGCUGACAGUGUGUGGAAAAAGGUCACUGAAGACAUCCAGGAGAUUUUUGACUUCAUGGAGGAGUUGGGAUCAGGGGCCUUCUCAGAGGUCUACAUGGUGAGAGAGAAGAAGACUGGAAGGACUUUUGCAAUGAAAUGCGUCAAGAAGAAACAAGCGAGGGACCUCAAUCUGGAGAAUGAGAUUGCAGUUCUGAGAAGAAUCAAACACGAGAACGUAGUCGUGAUGGAGGAUUUCUAUGAAAGUCUGACCCAUUUCUACCUUGUCAUGCAACUUGUUUCUGGUGGUGAGCUCUUUGACCGUAUACUGGACCGAGGGGUGUACUCCGAGAUGGAUGCCAGUCGUGUGAUCCAACAGGUGCUGCACGCUGUCAGCUACCUGCAUCAAAACGGCAUUGUGCAUCGUGACCUCAAGCCGGAGAACAUCCUGUACUACAGCCCCGAUAAGGACUCCAAGAUCAUGAUCAGUGAUUUCGGCCUGUCAAAGAUGGUGGACAAGGGCAUUAUGUCCACAGCCUGUGGCACUCCAGGAUACGUUGCUCCUGAGGUGCUGACACAGAAACCUUACAGCAAGGCAGUGGACUGCUGGUCUAUUGGGGUCAUCACGUACAUCUUACUGUGUGGAUAUCCUCCUUUCUAUGAAGAGAGUGAGACACGACUCUUCUCUAAGAUCACAAAGGCACAGUAUGAGUUUGACUCGCCCUUCUGGGAUGACAUUUCUGAAUCUGCUAAAGAUUUCAUACGUAACAUGAUGCAGAAGAAUCCCCACAUGCGUUACACGACUGAACAAGCGCUCCGGCACCCAUGGAUAAUUGGGAAGACGGCCCAGAGCCAGGACAUCUACGACUCAGUCAGCGAUCAGAUCCAAAAGAACUUUGCCAAGUCCAAGUGGAAGCAAGCCUUCAAUGCUGCUGUAGCCAUCAACCACAUGAAGAAACUGCAGCCGGCCAACGGCGAGAAGGUGCCAAAGGCCACUAGUAUCCCGGACAUCCACGUGGUCAAGGUGUUCUCUCCAGUCACGCAUCGCAAGCGCCCUGAUCUAGAGGGGCUGGAGCCCAAGGUGUCUGAGACCAAUGGGAAAAUCCGGACCACAAAUCACAUGACCCUGCCGACGACUCAUGUGGAACUAAAGAGUCACUACCACCCUCUGAAGACCAGCCAGAGCGCGCACCACACGCCCACCAUAGCUGAGCAGGGGAGGUACAUCUACCACUCGGAGCCUGCCAACCUUCAUGGGUAUGCCAAAAACAGAAAUGGAAAGACUCUUCAGACAGGCGUUUGCUCCGUCAUGUGAAGGCUGGAGGAAGUUUACAUGGGAAAAAUGCACUCUUUUCUUGCUCAGCGUUACCGCGCUUGGCUCAGCAUGCAGCUGUUUUGUGUCUACUGCGCCCCCCAGCACUGAAAAUGGAAAGUGGUUGGUUCCUCUGACGGACCUGAGCGGUCUGCAAGGUCUACUACAGUCAGCGGGGACAGUUUAGUCACAUUGAUUUUGUGAUUUAGUUUUAAAGUGCCUAUGAGGCUUUCCCACAAACAAGAAAAAGCACACACAUUUGCACACAUUCACUUUAGAAGAGAUAAGGAAGCAAUGAUGGGCUUACUUACUGCUGGGCCCUGUCAUGGCAAGGCCUCCCGGAGCUCUCAUGCGUCUCUUCAACAUUGUGAUUACAUGUUUAAUGUAUGCUAACUGACAUCUUAUUGGCAUUCAAUACUGCGUUUGUAAAUACAUGAAGAGGAACCGCUAAAGUAUCUGUAGCGUAGUAUUUUUGUCUCCAUGCUUUUAUUUAUUUAUUGUGUUGAUUUUUUUGUCUUGAGUGUCCACUUCUGCUUUUCUUGUAAUAGUAAGAACUAUAUUUGUAAAAGCUAUACACAAGUGUGUUUAUGUAAUCAUGACAAACAGCAAAACAAGUUAUGUCUCUAUGGUGAGAGGUAAAAUGUGCACAUAAUUUGUAUUCAUGUUCAUUGCUGCUAUGACUGUCACGCUUCAUGGACCAAAUAAAAUAUAAACACUGUAAACAAAAACUACAGUCA